UUAAUUUGUAUAUAAUUAAUUUAUUUAAACAUAACAUGAAUAACAUGUUUGACAUUGAUUUAUAAGAAUAAACAUGAUAUAUACUAAUAACAUUGUAAAUAUAAGUUAAAUUUUAGCUUCGGAGUAUUCAAAAUAUAAAAUAUAAGUCAAACACGAAUAUAUGUAACAUUUCUUCAAACUUCUCAACGCGUUAUCAGUCUGUUAACUUUAAAGUAUUCCAAAUACAACAAUAAUUUCUUCAGUGUUCUGGCAGGAAACAUUGUGGUAAAACUUGGAAGUGAUACAAAAGCUUUAUCGAUCGAUGGAUCCAUUGCGAUUUCUGGGCUAAAGGUGAAUGGUGGUUGUCUGAAGAAGGAGGCAAAAGCAGGCGAAAGGGCAGUUGAGCUAUAGGAUUGGAGGACUAAGAUCACGUCUGCUCCUACUUCCCAGGACCAAAAUCCAAGGCUUCCUUUACUUAUUUUAAGUACAGGGACUAUGACAACUCAUGAACGAGGAAAGGCAUUCUCGUAGAAGAAUAACCAGCAGCUACGCCUAGAUAUGCUUUAAUUAUACAUGUUUUGAUCAUUCACAAGUAAUAUUUGUUCAUACGAGAAAGAUCUCGGCCUUUCUGAAACAACUAUGAAUGAGUUUGGUACCGAAAGAUCAAGGCCAUGGAACAUAUACCCAAGUUCAGAUUCGAGUCCAUCUCAAACUGUAGUUGAUAAGGAAACUCCGUGGAAAAACUUCGGAACAUCCAUGAAUGCCAUUUCUUUUGGCUUUGUUGCUACCGCUAUCUUGAUAUCAAUGUUUCUUAUCAUGGCCAUCUUUGAACACCUUUUUCGGCCAAAUCCUGACUUUUCUUCACCUGAUCAAAUGACUGAUGUUGCUCUAGGAUCUGGAGCAGUUGAGAAAAUUGGGAAUCCACAAAGAGUUUCGACAUCAUAUGCAUCUGAUUUCUCAGUGGUGAUGCCAGGAGAGCAAUAUCCUACCUAUAUUGCUCAACCUGCUCCCCUCCCUUGCCCUAGGGAAGGCAUCUAUUGGCCUCCCCAUGAACUUAAUUUUGUAUUUCCUUGAAGUGUACAAUACACCAAGCGUCAUCCUGGAUGUCUGUAUAUUUAUCAGCAAUCAACCUUCCUCCAUUCUAUAAUACUUAAUUAUCCAAUGAAAUAGUGUCCUGAAGCUGGUUUGCGAGAAAAACUACUAUUGUGCGGGACGUACUACUUUAGCGGCAUAGGUUGAGUCCAAAUUUGACAGAUUGAAAAGAAAAAAAAAAAAACCCAGAAAUUCCCGAAUGUUAGUCACAAGAUAUUGAUGUUUGGAUAAGCAGCUAAGUUAAAUUUAGGAUAAGUGGG